CCAAGUAGACAUUUGUAAAACAGUAUACAUGCAGUAUACAAUAGGUACAUGCCGUACUUAUAUUGUAUAUAGUAUACUUUUGCUAGAACUCAGUAGGUAGAAGUUAAAAGAAGAUAUAGAAAUAAACAUUAUUAUUAAUAAUGAAACUGAGGACUAUUAGAUAAUUAUAACUAUUUAUUUAUUAGAAUUGAGAUUACUUAUCAAAAGCAAAAUUAGAACAAAGUCACAAAGAUGACGACUCCAGGAUCUUCGCAAGCGGGAUCCGUCCAAGAGUUCAAAAUUAGAGUGCCAAAAAAUGUUAAGAAAAAAUAUCAUGUCAUGAGGUUCAAUGCAACACUAAAUGUUGAUUUUGCUAAAUGGACCAAUGUAAAAAUGGAAAGAGAGAACAAUAUUAAGGAAUUUAAGGGAAUUGAGGAGGAAAUGCCAAAAUUUGGUGCUGGCUCAGAGUAUGGUCGCGACAUGCGCGAAGAGGCGCGUCGCAAAAAGUUUGGUAUAAUCGCCCGGAAAUACAAACCAGAAGAUCAACCUUGGAUUCUGAAAGUUGGAGGAAAGACUGGCAAAAAAUUCAAGGGCAUCCGAGAAGGUGGCGUGUCAGAAAACGCAGCCUACUAUGUGUUCACUCACGCUGAUGACGGAGCCAUUGACGCUUACCCUCUACAAGAAUGGUACAAUUUUCAACCCAUUCAAAGAUACAAAGCCCUGUCAGCGGAAGAAGCAGAAGAAGAGUUUGGGAGACGCAACAAAGUGAUAAACUUCUUCUCGCUGAUGUUCCGCAAGCGCAUGCGCGGCGACGACGCGGUCGAAGACGGAGACGACCCCGACGACAAGAAGACCAAGGGCUCCAAGGCUAAGAAAGAUCUGAAGAUAUCCGAGAUGGACGAGUGGAUAGACUCGGACGACGAGUCGUCGGACUCCGACGUGGACAAGGACAAAGAGAAGGAGGACAGCGACUCCGGCUCCAAGAAGAAGAAGAAAGACAAGAAAGCGGCUGCAUCGAAGAAGAAGAAGAAAGUGGAAGAUGAGGCUUUUGAGGAGAGUGAUGAUGGAGACGAGGAGGGCCGAGAGCGGGACUACAUCUCCGACUCCUCUGACAGCGAAUCUGAUCACGAGACUAAAGUUAAUAAGGAGUUGAAGGGCGUCGCCGAGGAAGACGCGCUAAGAAAACUCCUAACAUCGGACGAGGACAGUGAAGAGGAACAGGAACAGAAGCCGGAGUCGGAGCAAGAGGACGAGCCCACCAAGGACGGGGAGGAGCGCGCCAGCAAGCUCACCAAGAAGAAGAAGAAGCCUGAUGAGGCCAAGAAAGACUCAAGUAGCGAGUUCAGUUCAGAUUCGGACUCAGAUCCAGAAACUAGUCCUAAGAAACCAAAGAAGGCUAAGAAUGGAAAUGUCGAUGGAAAGAAUUCUAGUACAGCAGGCCCGUCCCGCGCGGGCUCGCCGUCGCCGACCAACGCGAUGGCGGCCGUGGCCGCCGCCAACGCCGCCGCCAACCUCGCCAACCCCGCCAAGCGGCCCAAGCUCGACCCCUCCUACACUGAAUGUGGAGUAACAGAAGAAGCAGUACGACGGUACUUAGCUCGCAAGCCUAUGACCACAACCGAGUUGCUGACGAAGUUUAAGUCCAAGCGAACAGGCGUCAGCUCGGAGCGCCUGGUCGAGACUAUGACGCAGAUCCUCAAGAGAAUCAAUCCCGUCAAGCAGAAUAUUAACGGCAAGAUGUACCUCAGUAUCAAAUCGACCUGAUUGUUUCUUUGUUAAUAAACAGUUUUGUUAAAAACG